AUGAUACAAGAAUGGAAAGGAGAAGAAAAUUUUCAGAAGUUAAAAGAGGACAAUUUCAGAGGAUGUAACAGUUCCAUUCUCCAUUAUGGAUAUGUCAAUGCGCCCAACGAUAAACAGAUCAAGGAUGGUGAUAUGUGCUUGUUUGACAUGGGGCCCGAGUACAAUUGCUACGCGUCCGAUGUAACUACAUCAUUUCCUGCAAACGGAAAGUUUACCGAUAAGCAGAAGAUAGUUUACAAUGCGGUACUCGAAGCAAACCAGGCAGUGUUCAAAGCCGCUAAGCCAGGAGUUCGAUGGACGGAGAUGCAUAUUCUAUCCGAGAAAGUGAUACUCACUCACCUUCAAAAAGCUGGGCUAGUCACAGCCGUGUUCAUGCCUCACGGGAUUGGUCAUUUGAUUGGUCUCGAUGUUCAUGAAUGCGGCGGAUACCUCGGGGAUGCAUUGCCACGUUCGGAGCUCCCUGGGCUCAGCUCUCUGCGUACCACUAGAACGCUCAAAGAAAGAAUGGUGAUUACAAUUGAACCCGGUUGCUAUUUUAUUGAUACACUGCUCGACGCCGCCUUCAAGGAUCCGAAGCUAGCGAAAUUCAUGGUGAAGGCAGAAAUCGACAAAUACCGCGGACAAGGAGGGGUUCGUAUCGAAGACGACGUGGUCAUUUGGGAGAAAGGCAACGAAAAUAUGACCGACGUACCAAGAACAAUUGAGGAGAUCGAGCGUUUCAUGGCGUCUGAAGUAUUGAACGACGCGACGGUUCAGAAGAGCAUCAGCAACUACCUUAACAAGCACUGA